UAUGGUUAAAAGUUGUAUUUGACUAUUUGAAUUGUAGGUUAUGAUUCAGAAAUAUUGAUUUAACUCUUUCAAUUGUAUUAUUAACAUAUAAGCUUAAUUUUUAUUGAGCAUCAAGUAAAAAACAAUGUUAUCUCGUAAUUUAAGAUUUUUGUCGCGGCGAUAUUCUCAGGCGGUUACCUUUAGAACAACAGAAACUUCACCUUCUCAACAAAACGAAAAUCAAAUAGGAUUGUUUUAUACAGUGAACAAUGAUGUGUGUAAGCAAUUGUUUGGCCACGGUGGACUUCCAAAAAGCUACAUGAAGCAGACUAAGACUUUCACAGAAACGUCCCUGAUGGUUCGUCUUCCUGCUCUGGAUAUUAUUAACUGUAUUAAAGCAACAGAUUUUGACAAACCAGUUAUUCGGUAUAUGUUAUAUGGUGAGAUAGGUGCUGGCAAGUCACUGACUUUGGCCCACCUACUCCAUUAUGCUUAUGAAGAUGGAUAUCUCAUAGUCCAUGUUCCUUGGGUAUCGGAAUGGCUACGACGUGUGCCACGCCACAAAGAGAUGUCUAAUUCACCAACUCAUGAAGGCCUUGUUGACUUACCUCUUGAUGGUGCAGCAUGGCUACUCCACUUUAAGAUGCAAAACCAAGUUCUGCUAAAGAAGGGUAAUUUAAAAAUUUCGAAAGAUUAUGUAUGGAGCAAACGUGAGAAGACUCCCGAAGGUGCGCCAUUAGCAGAGUUAAUUGAGCACGGGAUUACACGUGUGAAAUACGCCUGUGACGUCAUUGAAGCGCUCAUUAGCGAAAUUAAAAUUUUAUCAAAUAGUAAACAAUGCAAAACAUUUGUAGCUAUAGAUGGUUUUAACACAUUUUUCUAUCCACUCACGAGGCUCAGCACACCAACUAAGAAAAAAGUUACUCCUGAAGAAGUCACUCUAACUAAGUCAUUUAUGGAACUUACGAAAAAUGAUUGGGUAAAUGGUGUUAUCAUUCUUACAGCCGACCAAUUGGGAGUGUCACAAGAUCACCAGGAGAGUCAUUUGCCUAAAUAUCUACUUUACAAAAAGGGAUUUGAACACAUAGAUCCCUUUGUUCCCGUAGAAGUUGGGAGAUACAGUGAACGGGAAUUUAUGAGCUGUGCUAGUUAUUAUAGAGACAGGCUUUGGUUGCGAGGCCCUCCUGAAACAGAAGGUGAACUCAAGCUCGCUAGUGCUUGCAAUCCUUAUAAGUUUAUGGAACUAUGUGCACCUUUAUAAAAAAUAUAUAUUUUAUGUUGUAAAUGUAGGCAUUAGUAUUAAAUAUGUUUGGUUACUA